GUGGUUAGCGUAAUGUUCGGAACAAUACCAUGACAGUAGCAACGUGUUAUUUGCCUCGAAAACAGAUCGUUUAAGAGUGAUACCUCCAAUAAUGACUAAUCGAAAUGAUGACAUUAUCAACACAAUCAGUUCAAACGACCAACCGGAGUAUUUCGUCAAUCGGUCUGUUCCGGUACUGUUCACAUCUCGGCGGGGACUCCAGCUUAGGAAAUUCCAUUCUAUUUUGCACACAGGACAGGCAUGUUAUACGGUGCAAUUCUGUGACCUCGAGCGAUGGUCCAACCAUUUCAAGUUAUCCUCGGUCGGUCUAACACCGGAUAGCACCAAGAGCGAAUCCAUCACCGAUACGAAAGCAAAGUGCCUAAAGUUUGUGCGAGAAUCGCCUCAGAAUCAAUCCAAUCGGGAUUAUGGAUAGACAAACAGUUGAACCCAUCGAUGCAUGCAAAUUUCACCAU